CCACCUUGCAGAGACCCGAACUGCCGUCUGACGUUUCCUACUGUCGCAAAGCGUCAGACGCGGUGUCGUGAAGCGCGCCGCCCCAGCGAAGAUGGCGGCCGAGCUGCACCCGCGCAGCGGUAAACUCAUCGGCCUAUCUAACUCGAACCGCACGGCGCAACGGAACCAACCGGUUCAGGAGUUUAAUCACGGUCUGGUGCUCAGCCGGGAGCCGCUGCGGGACCGCGAUGUCUUCACGGUUCGGAUCGACAAGAAGGUGAACUCGUGGAGCGGCUCUAUAGAGAUCGGCGUGACGGCGCUGGACCCGGCCGCCCUCGACUUCCCCAGCAGCGCCACGGGACUGAAGGGUGGCUCCUGGAUCGUGUCCGGCUGCUCGGUGCUGAAGGACGGCCGCUCGGUCCUGGAGGAGUACGGGCGUGACCUGGACCAGCUGGGUGAGGGUGACCGCGUCGGGAUCCAGAGGAACGGUCGAGGAGAGCUGCACCUGUGGGUGAACGGGCAGGACUGCGGCCCGGCAGCCAGCGGUCUGCCCUCUCGUCUGUGGGCCGUAGUGGACCUAUACGGCAAGUGCACUCAGGUCACCGUUGUUAGCUGUGAACCUCCGCCAGACGCCGAGAACGAAGACUGGGAGGUGUUAGAGGAGAGAGAACCGGAAAGGGCGGCGCCCGUGUCCGCAGCCACGUCUCCGGCUGCCCUCAUGCCGGAUCAUGAGGACAGAGGCGUCGGUGUGGCGGUACCCUGGGUUCCUGGUAUGGGUGCCUUGAUGAACGGCUUACCCGAUGACGCGUCAGAAGUUACACGAGGACACGGACGCGGGCGACCUGACGUGUUCCCAAAUAACUUCGAUCCAGACACUGUCCUUACAGAGCAUCAGUUAUUCGACGUGUUUAACAACGCCAUCGUGUCGCUGUACCGUUCAGAAGACGAGGGCGGAGAAGACUCGGGGUUAGGAGGAGCGAAUGGUUCAGGAGGAAGUUCAGACUCGUCCAGAGGGGGAACAGGAAACAGUAACGGAUCUAGAGGAACAGGAGGAGGAGGAGGGAACGAGAACGGGAUCGGAGGUCGAGGAGAAGGCGGGAACAAUAACAACUCGUCUGGAAACGGGGAUGGAGGAGGAGGAGGAGCGAAUGGGGCGGUGACGACGGUAAGCAACAGCGGGAUGACCACGAACGACGCGCUGCUGUUUCACGAGAAGUGUGGCACGCUGAUCAAACUGAGCAACAACAACAAGACGGCCGAGAGGAGGAGACCGCUGGACGAGUUCAACAACGGCGUGGUGAUGACCAACCGCCCGCUCAGGCACAACGAGAUGUUUGAGAUUCGUAUCGAUAAACUGGUGGAUAAAUGGUCCGGAUCAAUUGAGAUCGGCGUUACGACCCACAACCCCAACAAUCUGGACUAUCCUGCAACCAUGACCAACUUACGCUCAGGUACCAUCAUGAUGAGCGGCUGUGGGAUUCUGACCAACGGCAAGGGCACACGGCGGGAGUACUGUGAAUUCAGCCUGGACGAGCUCCAGGAAGGAGAUCAUAUCGGGCUGAUGAGGAAAGCAAGCGGCGCUUUACACUUCUACAUCAAUGGCAUAGACCAAGGCGUGGCUGCUAACCAGACGCCGGGCGUGGUGUACGGCGUAGUGGACCUCUACGGCAUGGCCGUAAAAGUCACCAUUGUCCACAAUCACAACCACAGCGACCGCUUACGGCGCAACAACGCCAUCAUGAGGGCGCUCUCGCCCGACGUGGGCCGACCCCGACCCGCCCUCUCGCUCACCCCCGACCCCGAAGCCCCGGACCGGCUACUCUUCCAUCCUAACUGCGGGCAGAAAGCCGCCAUUAUCAGCGACGGCAGGACGGCACUUCGACCUCACGCGACAGACGACUUCAAUCACGGAGUGGUGCUCAGCAAUCGGCCGCUGCACUCUAACGAAGUGUUCCAGGUGCGCAUCGACAAGAUGGUAGACAAGUGGGCGGGGUCUAUAGAGAUCGGCGUGACCACACAUAACCCUGCCUACCUGCAGCUGCCGUCUACUAUGACCAACCUGCGCUCAGGGACGUGGAUGAUGACCGGGAAUGGAGUGAUGCACAACGGAACCACGAUACUAGACGAGUACGGGCACAACCUGGACCGACUGAAAGCUGGAGACACCGUCGGUGUGGUGCGGAAGGACGACGGCAGCCUGCACUUUUUCGUAAACGGGGUUCCUCAGGGGCCGGCUGCCUGGAACGUGCCGCCCAGCGUGUACGCCGUAGUGGACCUGUACGGUCAAGCGGCUCAGGCGACCAUCAUGGACGACAUGGCCGACCUCCCCCCUCUCCCAGACGACAGCUCGGAGGGACCGAUCGCGAUGUCACCCGGCAGCCCGUGUUCUGUCAAUGGGGUGAGUGCGACCACCGACCUGCGCUUCCAUCAGCUGCACGGCACCAACGCCGUCAUCACCAACGGCGGCCGCACGGCUCUCCGUCAGAACUGCCGCAGCGAGUUUAACGACGCCAUCGUCAUCUCAAACAGGUGCCUUCGAGAUGGUGAGCUGUUUGAGAUUGUGAUUCAGAAGAUGGUGGAUCGCUGGUCAGGAUCGAUAGAAGCAGGAGUGACUGCGAUCAGACCAGAGGAGCUGGAGUUCCCCAACACUAUGACUGACAUCGAUUACGAUACCUGGAUGCUCAGCGGCACGGCGAUCAUGCAGGACGGGAACACCAUGAGGAAUAACUACGGCUGUGACCUGGACUCCCUGGGAACUGCCUCCAAGAUCGGAAUGAUGCGCUCUGCCUCCGGAGAUCUCCACUACUACAUCAACGGCGUGGACCAGGGCGUGGCGUGUACCGGAUUACCCCCAGAUGUGUAUGCUGUGGUAGAUCUGUACGGUCAGUGUGUUCAGGUGUCCAUCACCAGCUCCUCUGGUCCUCUGGACAACAGCUUGUGCACAAGUAACAUCACAGAGAAGAGUUUCCCAAUGCACUCACCAGUGGCAGGAGUGGCUCAUCGUCUGCACAGCAAACACGGGAAGAACGUGGUGUUGCUAGGAGACGGCUGCCAGGCGGUCAGGGUGGGGGGGUAUUCCCACGGCAUCGUCUUCAGCGGGAAGGAGCUCAAGGCGGACGAACUGUUUGAAGUGAAGAUCAACGAGGUCGAUGAGCAGUGGUCUGGGUCGCUCCACAUCGGCUUGACCACCUUACAGCCCCAAGACCUACCCUCCUGCCCGCUCAGUGGCCUGUCGCCCUCCCUCACGCAGCUCAGGUCAAAGGUUACCUGGCUGCUCGCCGGGUCAGAGGUCAGACGCAACGGCGUGCUGCAGAGGCAGAACUUUGGCUGCUCGCUCGACCGACUGACGGUGGGGAACCGUGUGGGUGUAAAGAGGUGCAGCGACGACACAAUGCACAUCUACAUCGAUGGAGAGGACAUGGGACCUGCAGCCACUGGUGUGGCUAAGAACGUAUAUGCGGUGCUGGACCUGUAUGGGAAGGUGACAGCCGUGUCCAUCGUCAGCUCCAGUCUGGUGGAGGACACGGACAGCGUGAAGGCUCCGUCGCUCUCGUCCGACAGCUGCAGCGAGGGAGAAGAAGAGUCGACCACACCGUGCGAGAGCGAGCCUGCCUCGGUUCCCGUGGCGAUGACCUUCCUGGAGAAUCAUGGGAAAAACAUCCAGCUGUCCAAUCAGAACCUGACGGCCACCCGGGUGUCGAGUUAUAACCAGGGCCUGCUGGUCACCGCGCACACGCUGCCCCGCCAGCAGCUCUUCCAGUUUCAGAUAGACAGGUUAAACACGUCAUGGACGUCGUCCCUGUCCCUGGGUGUGAUCGGACACUCUCCUGACCGCCUCAACUUCCCCUCCACGGCCUGCUGCCUUAAACGCUCCGUCUGGCUGCUGCAGCGAGACUCCGUCUUCCACAACUCACUCAAGAUCUGUGAGAACUAUGGGCCAAAUUUGGACACGUGUCCUGAGGGGACGGUGCUGGGUCUGCUGGUGGACGCGAACAGCUGUCUCCACCUGUAUGUGAACGGGAUGGACCAGGGUGUAGCGGUACAGGACAUCCCGAACCCGUGCUACCCGCUAAUCGACCUGUAUGGACAGUGUGAACAGGUUACCAUAGUGACCAGCCACGUGGAGACGGUGGGCGCGGAAAGCGGAGAAGUGCGCUGCCAGGGCGACAUGGAGAAGGCCGACAUGGUGGACGGAAUAAAGGAGAGUGUGUGCUGGACGCCUCCUCCUGAGGUGAACCCCAAUAAGACGUGCGAGUACCAGGCGCUCUGCUCCAGGUUUAAGGAGCUGCUCACACUGCCUGAUGCGUAUUUUAACGAGGAUGUGAAGUAUAACCUGUGUUACUGCGAGUCCUGCCACAAGCUGCGAGGUGACGAGGCGUACUACAAGCGCGGAGAACCGCCCCGGGACUACGCUCUGCCCUUCGGCUGGUGUCGCUUCGCCUUGCGGAUAAAGCCGCACUGCGACGUGGCCAACACCUAUAAGAAGUGGCACAUCGCAUACCACGGGACGAGUGUGGGUUCUCUACGCCGCACACUGGACCACAGCCAACUUCUGCCAGCAGACACGUCAUCUGUGUUCUCGCCGUCCCCGGUUAAGGUCGAAGGUCACGGCAGCUACGGUGAGCCGGAGGAGAACAGCGCCCCCGAGAGGGAGAUCCCCCGCGUGCGUCUCUCCCCCACCAUGCGCUACUCCGGCCUUGAGGUCUUCGCCCCUAAAGUGCAAUUCCGAGACCCUCGCUCACUGCGAUGUCAUCACGCCCAGGUGGGCUUCCAGGUGUGUGUGCGUCCAGGCUCCUACAAGGUCGGGCCUCAGUCUCUUGGCCUGAGCGAGACACUCGACCCCCGGUUCAACAACACGGAGAUCGAGUGGAUCACCAAGGAGCAAGGAGGACUACUGCUGUACGGCCUGCUCAUCCGCGUGGAGUGAGGGAGAAAGAGGAGAGACCAGAGAGAGAGAGAAAGAGAGAGAGAGGCUCGGGAUGCUGGUCCUGCUUCAGAGAACAAAAUUAAGCUUUGCGCUGGUGUUUUUUUUUUUUUUUUUUCUUUUUUUGGAGACACUUCCUGCACUUUAUGUUUCGACCCCCAGUGGGGUUUUCCUUCUCUCUCUCUCUCUCUCUCUCUGUUUUUCUAACUUUAUCUCUUGUCUGUUAUUCUUGUUCUUUUACUUUUUUAGGAUCUCUCCACCCAAUCAUUUUACUUUUUCUCUCUCUCUCUCACACACACGCACACUCACUGCCUUUUUUUCUUUUCCUCUUUUUUCUCUCUCAGGGCAUUUCCUUCAUUAUUUUUCUUUUUUCUUUCAAUAUAUCUAUCUAUCAUUGAUUUCUUUUUCUGUCUCUGGUCUCCCUCUUUCUUUGCCCUUUUCUCGCUUUGAAGAUUCUGUCUUUUCUCUCAGUUUCGUUUUCUGUCUAUUUGUCUAUUUUCUCCCUUACUUUCUCACACUCUCACUUUUGCUCUGUCUCUCUUUCAGUAUCUCUCUAUCCAUUAACUUUUCUUUCUUUUGCUCUCUCUUCCCUUUUCAAUAUCUAUUUCUUACUUUUAUCCUCUCUCUCUCUCUCUCUAACACACACACUGCCUCUUUCUUUUCUUCCUACUUUCUCUCUCAGUGCCUUUCUUUCUUUCCUUUUCAGUAUGUUUAUCAUUGAUUUCUCUUUCUGUCUCUCUAUAUAUCUCCGUCUCGGUUCUCUCUCUCUCUCUCUCUCUCUCUCUAAGAAGAUUGGACUCCUCCGCUCUCGUCCUCACAGCACAGCCCCGGAUCCCGUGAGCAUCUUUUGGAAAUAGGAAAAAAAAAACAUGUUGUUAAAGAGACAAAUCAACAGAUGGUCCUGAAGCUACACAGAGACUUGAGUUCAGGAGGAGCCUCGGUGCGAGUCUGGGGUCGUGUGUUUGUGUUCCACUUCACACAGGAGAACAAUCACGCUCUGGGUUACACACAGUGUUACAGCUCUAAUACAGAACAACACACACACACACACACACACACACACACACACACAUAUCACCUCAGAUCCUCAGCUUGUGUAAAGUGGAACUGCUGUCCUGUCUGUCUUUUUUUAUUAUUUUUUUCCCCCUCCCCCUUAAAACCUUUAUUAUGGAGGGAACCCAACCGCCCCCCCAUGUUUGUGAAGUGAAGCCAGAACUCGUAGCGCACUCCGAUGGCCAGAACUGGAAUUACAGGAUAACUGAUAACCUCUCAGACCGAAAGCUAAUUGUUAUUUUAUGUUUAACAGAAGAAGAAAAAAAAAAAGAAAAGUGUCAAGACGGCGCUUUUACUGUUUUACAUGACUGAGAAUUAGAGAUCAUUUGUGCUCGUAAAUAUUUGCCCCCACACCAACCCUUCAACCUCCCCCGCCCCUUUUUUUACGCUCCAGUGUUCUGAAACUGUUGAAUGUGAAAUCAAUCAAGAAAAGCGAAAAUUUAUUUCGCAAUGUAUUGUGGGAAAUGAAGUUUAGGAUGAUUUGAGUUUACACUGGGUUUAUCUUUUUUUUUUUUUUUUUUUUGCACAGGUUUAAGCCCUUAUUUAUUUUUUGUUGAUAGUGUCAACUCUUUAAAUUAGAGAGAUUUUCUCUCUCCCCCCAAAAAAUAUAUAUAUAUAUAAUAUAAACUUAAAUUAAAGAAUAAAAAAAAAGAUUUCUGUUGCCAAGUAAAAACUACUCGAGUGGAAAUUUUUACGCCCAACUCGUCGCCAAGGGCCGUAUCUGAACGUAUGCUUGCUCUAAAACUGAAAUGUGAAAAAAAUACACACACACACACACUCUUUCGUGGGUUCGAGACGGCCCGUUUGCUGCUUUUUUUUUGUUGUUGUUGUUUUUUGUUGUCGUUUCAAUCGUUACUUUGUAUUAUUUGUUUGUUUUAUUUGUAUUACAUUACGUUGUACAGCCUGUUACAUAACACUAUUAUUAUCUUCCUGAUUUGUAAGAAAAUAAAAAUGUAUAUAUAUAAAAAAAAAAGUUACACAUCA